AUGGGCUCAGCCCCCGAUGACCAGUAUCUGCUGAGCAGAGACUACAUCGAUUGCUCUCGACUCAACCUGCAGCAUGCGCUGUGGACGCAGAUGUUCGGAUACCUCCUCCACCCCGACAUCGACACGACCAACAAGGAUCUGAAAAUCGCCGACGUCGGGACCGGAACGGGAGCAUGGCUCUCUGACCUAGCGCCACACCUCCCCUCGACCUGCCAAUUAGACGGAUAUGACCUGGACAUCGCGCAAGCACCGCCGACCGAGUGGCUUCCGCCCAACAUGCGACUGCGCACCUGGGACGCUUUCUCCCCGGUCCCCGACGAGCUGGUUGGCCAGCGAUCCGACGGUGUUGCUACGGAACUUGCUCGCUCUACUAAGUCCGCCGACCCUAUCCUGACUCUCCUUGCCUUGGCACCCCACCCCGCCAUCCAAUUCAAUCCAACAUACACAACGGUCGCAUCGAAUCUAACACCUUCGUUUCUCUUUAUAGAACCCGGCGGCUACCUCCAAUGGGCCGAAGUCGACGUCCCCGGCAUGAAACUCACCAAAACCAACCCCUCCGUUUCCGUCGACUCCAUGCAACAGCUCUUCAACAUGACCGCGUCCCAGGACCCGCGACUCAUCCCCGCCUGGCCGGACCAGCUGCCCGAACUGUUCGCCAAGGAAGGUCUCCUCGACAUCAAGGCGCAUCGCGUCGCCGCCGUCCCGCACCUCGAGUACGCGAUGCAUCACUGCAACCUGAUGAUCUACGAUAUGGUUGCGCAGCGUGCGGCAAACGGGUCCAACGCGAAGGAGAUCAUGGAGUUAGUGCCCAAGGCGGCGGCGGAGAGUCGGAAGGGGGCUAUGUUUGCCUUCCCGAGGAUUACGAUCGUGGGGAGGAAGGCUUCCUAA